AUGUCAAUUUUUAGAGGAUUUACAAGUUAUGAUUAUGGAAGAGAAUAUUUUGCCUUUUUUAUUAGAAGAAGCUUUGAUAUUUCAGAUUCAUGGUUUAAAACAAGAAGUGAAUUAGAAAAAAAACUAUAAGAAGAGAAAAAAAAACCAUAAGAAACUUUCGAGAUGGAAAGUGAUUUUGGAAAUUUCUUUUGUUAAUAUGAAAAAUCAACAAGUAAAUUAUGUUAUUAAAUUUAGAAUGCUACUUUAUAUUGUUAAGCAAUUAAAAAACAAUAAAAGAGGAAUAACAAAAAGUUCUAGCAGCCAUCAUUGAAUAAAUAAAAAAAGUUAACAAUUACAACAAAGUAUAAAAUUUAAUAUAAAUAUUAAAGCUAACAAGAGAAGAAUUUCAAAAGAAUUUGAAAUAAGAGAUUGAGGAUCUAUUAAUAAAAGCAGAAUAGGAAUAUAUUGAGAAAAAUGGAAACUUAGAAUUAGUUAUGACUUAACAAUCAAAAUAACAUAAGAAAUUUAGAAAGGAUUUAACUCUAGAAAUAGAAAAAAAUGAGUAGCAAAAAUAAAAAACUAUAGAAUUAAUUGAUAAAAUGAUUAUGAAAUCUAAAAUGGAUGAAAGGGUUCCAAAGCAAAAAAUUAAUUUUAAAGGAUUUAUGAUGUUUGAUUAUGUUCGAUAGUAUUUUUUUAUGAUGGUCAACAAAAUGAUUCCUAUUUAAAAGAAAUGGUUAGAUGAUAGAAAUGCAAUACAGAAAUAGAUAAUGGAUAAUUAGAAAAAACCUUUAGAAAUAAUUUAAUUGAAAGGAGAAAGUGUCUAAUUUUAUGCAAAAUAUCAUAAAGAAAAAAGUAUGUUUAUCAUUAAUAUCUUUGAUAGAAUGUUAUUUUAUUCUUUAUUCUGAUGAAAUAGUUAGUUCUGAGAAAUAAAAAGAAGUUCUCGAAAAAAUAUAUUAAUUGAUCACUCAAUUUGAAUAUAUAAAAGUAAAUUUAGUUUUAGAUUUUAGAUGAUUAAAGAAGAAAUCGAAACUAAAUUUGUUUCAUAAGUUAAAGCAAUUUUAAAUGAGAAUGAAAAAGUUGAUUCAGAAUAAGUAAUAAUGAAAAUAGAAGAAAAGAACAAUAAUAUUAAAUAACAAACAGUUUCACCUCAAUAAUAAUCUGAAAUUAAUGAAAAAAUGAAAUUAAAUAACACUGGAUCACUUAAUAAUCAACAUAAAAAUGAUAUAUUUGCAUAAGAGGAAAGUAUUCCUCUAAAUUCAUGA